AUGGCCAUUUUACAGGAGCAGAAUGAAGUGAUUGCUCUGAAGAGGCAUCAGGUGAAACAAAAAGAAAAAGCUCGACGGAGCAGGCCAAAAUCGUGCAAGCAGGUGCCAUUCUGUUGUUUGGGAGAUUUUAAUGAAAUUUUGCAUCUGGAAGAAAGAAGAGGAGCGAGUAGCUUGUCUGCGUCUGCGGAAGAUUUUAGAGUAUGGAUAAAUGACAUGGAAUUGAUUGAUUUGGCACUGAAUGAUCGAAAGUAUACAUGGUUCAGAGGGCAGUCGUGUAGUCGUAUUGAUAGGUGCUUAGUUUCUUUGGGGUGGUUUGACGAAUACCCGGACUUGCGCCUUAGGGGAGGUCCUAGAGGCUUAUCAGAUCACUGCCCAUUGAUCAUGGAGGACAGCAGAAGAUUUGAUGGCCCAAGACCAUUCCGUAGCCUAGACUCCUGGUUCACACAUGAAGGAUUUUUGAGGAUGGUGAAGGAAGAAUGGAGGGAUUUGGGUGAUGCAAAUUUCUUAGAAAAGAUGAAAGCACUGUCAACACCUCUGCGUAGAUGGCACAAGCAUCAUUUUGGGAAUAUAGCUAAGAAAAUAAAGAGAUUUGAGGAAGAAAUACAGAAGGUGGAUGAUAUGAUCAGUAGUGGUCGGUAUGAGAGUACCAUGGAGGCAAGGAGGAGGGCGUUAGUGAGGUGUUGUGAAAAGUGGUAUGUGAGAUAG